AUGUCUAGCCAGGAGCUGCUUGCCCUUUUUAGCAGUAUUACAUGGACAGUCAAUGAAAUCCAGAAAGCCUGCAUGUACGAGGAGGGUCUGAUCAUAAAGCUCAGAGUAAUGGUUGAAAAAUCUGAUCGCACUGAAGUCAACAGCAUGUUUACAGGAAUUUCCAGAAACAGGGAAUUAAUAAGCAAAAAGAAAGGAUCAAACAACAAACUAAGACAACAAAAAAUAGAGGCUAUACUCUUGAAGCUUUGGGACAAUGCUUUACUUCAAAAUGUAGCAGGAGAGGGCAGAAAAAAGAUACUAAUGAAUCUUUAUUAUUUGCUUCCCUAUAGAAUUUCAUACGAUCCCACAAGGUACCCUAAAUACAUUCCCGAAGCGUACUGUCUGUGCAAAGGCUGCCUCAUGGGGAUCUUUGGCGAGGAGAAUUUUCACUUCCGCAGCACCCCUGUGUACAUGCCGACAGUCAUCCUCCGUCGCACGUCGUCGUGUGCUGGGGGCCGGUACGUCUACACAGAAGAUUACAUCACUAUCCCAGUGGGCUGCACUUGUGUACCUGAGCAAGAAAAAGAGGCUGAAAGUGUAAAUUCCAGCAUAGAUAAGCAAGAAAUGAAGCUGCUGGUAAGCCAGAACAAGCUGUCAUCAGAAUGA